AUGACUCCCUAUGUAUUCUGGCUGGUUCCCUUUCUUUCACUCCUACGAGUGGCCCUGGCAAUCUCAAACCCAUCUCCAUCAGUUUACGCAACAUUGACGCAACCUUUCUAUCCUCCGAAUGCGAAUUGUAUAGAACUACGGGUACCAGUCACGAUAAGCUAUGAGCGUUUGACAUUCAAAUUCCCAGGCUGGAAGGAUGACUUCGCGCUUCAGGACUUUCUCACUGCCGUGACUUCACGGGAAGGAGCUAAUAUUCCAAGUCCAAUCACUGGUGCCAUAAACGAUACAUCAAGUUAUACCAUUGCAGCCUCAUUCUGUACUCCUAGACAGGAGGAUCGCAAGAAGACCAUCAUUCUGGCAACGCAUGGUAUUGGACAAGCAAGAACGCACUGGAACUCUGCGUACGAACCGGAUCAGUAUAAUUUUGUACAGUAUGCCAUAAGCAAGGGUUAUUCAGUCUGGUUCUAUGAUCGCCUCGGACAAGGAGAGUCAGAUACAGACUCUGGCUUUAAAACUCAGCUACGAACCCACAAGGCCAUCCUCGUUGAGCUUGCAUUGCUUGUGAAAUCAGGAACUGUUACUGGCUCGUUUGGUGUGCCAGAAAAGCUGGCAGUCAUGGGAUUCUCCUUCGGUUCCUUCAUCACACACUUUGCGAUCGCCGAGAACCCAGGUCUCGCAGACGCUGCCAUAUUGACUGGCAUAAACUACAACACAACCGGGCUCAAUGCGAAUGGUUUAGUUCGUUCAUUUGUGCCGCGUAUCGCAUCUCUACAAAACCCAAGACGUUUUGGCACAUUAGACCCGGGUUACCUAACGUGGGUUGAUACGAUCGCACAGAUCAAUACAUAUUUCAAGUUCCCUUUCUACGACUUCCCGACUGCUUCCUACUGCGAGGAAUUCAAACAGCCUUUUGCCAUUGCCAAAUUUCUCACAUUAACGGACGGCGAAUUCGAUGCGAGUCAGUUCACUGGCGCUGCACUGGCGAUCACGGCCAAGGACGAUUACAUAAUCUGCGAUGGUGCAUGUGAAGGUAUCUUUGAGGAGCCGGCGCGUACACUCUUCAGAAAUGCCAAGUUCACGCCGUAUCUACAUCCCAAUAGCAGUCACAACUUCAACUUCCACUUCAAUGCGACAGAAGCUUACAGGGUAAUCACAGACUUCUUGGAUGCAACUGACCCAACAUUGAUUCCUCUAUCUCUCAGACACAAACCUUCUAUCGAAAGAAUAGGCCCGGCAGCAGGUAGCCUAGCCACAUCAGUAUUGUCCUAUUAUCAAACAUUAACAAGCUUCCUGUCGAAUCCUUUACACCUAAAACUCUCCACAUCCUCCGAUUCGGUCAAUAAAACCCUUGUAGAGGCAGAUGAGCUCUUGCAACAGGAUCCAUGGGGCUGGGUCCAGCUCAUCGUGGAAGGAGAAGACGAAUUCUGCAACAGCACAAUAGAAUCAGGUAUACCAACCUUCGGUGUAGAGAUGCCACUCUCCAAAAUAAGUUACAACGGACCACUACAAGACGCUUUGUUCUGUCUAGACUUUAGCCAACACCAAGGCACAGAGCAUAAGGAUGAUCCUAUAUCGAGGGGCGGCAGACUAAAUAUGGACAUUGACGAUAGGCCUACGGUCAAUGUCAUUGAAGAUGACUAUUGUUUUUCAGAGAAAGGCGACCACUCUCCAGAAGACACAACUAGUAGAUCGAUUCAUCGCCUCGUCCACGUGUGCUUCCUUGAACACAUCUUCCGCCUCUACCUCAAAACAAUCGACGGCUAA